GUUAGUUGUUUCCAAUUAAUCUUAAAAGCUUAUUUUUCAGGUCCAAUGGAGUUAACAAACGAUCAGAAAUUGAUGUUUUAUUCAUUGUAUAAGCAAGCGAUUAUGGGCAAAAACACUUCUCCCAAACCAAAUUUUUUAAAUUUUGUUGAAAAAUCUAAAUGGGAAGCUUGGACAAAACUGUCUGACAUGUCUUCAGAUGAAGCUAAAUUGAAAUAUGUUGAAGCAGUAAAAGAAAUGAUUGAAGCAAUGUCGAAAACGUUAAAUGUUACAGAAUGGCUAAAAAAUAUUGACACCGAAUUAGCUCAAAAACUGGAAUUGAUAAAUUAUGAUUAA